CACUGUCUCCAGUCCCUGCAAAGCUGGGGAGACGUGGCCCGGCGUGGGGCACCAACGGGUGUCGGGGGCGGGGCCAGGAACACCUUCGGACAGGACUUCGCAGACAACGGCAAGGAAUGGACCAGAGCGUUGUGUGAGAAGGAUUCCGAUGGUGACGGAUUGACCAAUGGUCAAGAACUGGGUGACCCCAACUGUACCUGGUCCCAGGGAACGACUAACGCCACGGGUUCACCGCUAUCCCACCCAGGUGUGUGUGACCCAUGGAACGACCCCAAGUGUCUGGCCAGAGACGAGAGCUGGGUACUGCCGGCCUGUCAGGAUUCGGGCUUCACCUGCAGCGGUAUCAAUGACGUCAACGUGAGAAGAUUGGAUCUGAAGUUACCCCAGACUUCUGUGCCUGCAGCAGAAACUACCUAUAUGUGUCAGAUCUUCUCCAUCCCCAACGACACGGACUACCACAUCAUUGCCAGCCAGCCCCUCAUCGACAACGUCAACAUCAUGCACCACGCCGUCGUCUUCGGCUGCACUAAAGACGAAGCUGCACAUCCAUCCCCCUAUCGGUGUGGUAUGCUGCCUGGUUUGAGUUGUAAUGCCAUCGUCAGCCUCUGGUCGCUGGGCAACGCUGGUGAUUGUCAACACGAGACGGUAGGAAUCAGGAUUGGGGUAAACGGCUUUAAGAAGUUAGCUCUUCAGGUGCACUGGAACAAUCCCGAGAAGAAGAGUGACUAUUUCGACCAAUCAGGAAUGAGGAUCUACUACACUCCGAACCUGCGUACUUACGAUGCAGGUAUCCUGACCACUGGUCAAGAGAGCCUGCUGAUCCCACCUGGAGAAAGCAGUGUGAAGGCUGUGGCUAGCGUCCCCAGUGUCUGUACUAGCCACUUCUUCACAGAGACAAUAAAUGCAACAGCAGCUAUCAACCACAUGCAUUACCUAGGUGUUUCACAGACACUGGAACUGUACAGGAAUGGCGUGAAAGUCCGAGACCUUUCAAGUGACCCCAAAUAUAACUAUGACAACCCAAUAAUCCACAGGUUCAAAGAUCCCAUUGAGAUCAGACCUGGGGACGAGCUGCGGACGCGGUGUGAGUUCGCGUCCUCCAAGAAGUUGACGACAACAAUGUUUGGCGAAGCGACGUCCGACGAGAUGUGCUACAGCUUCAUCAAGUACUACCCUCAACAAAACUCCAGGGGAUUAUUCUUCACCAGCUUCAAGAGUAUUCCUUACUGUAUGCUUGCCAUGCAGGACACGUAUGAAGGUUGUCCGUGGAAGACAGCAUUAACUGACCCACAAAUACUACAGUUGUAUUUCCUUGUCGACAACAGAUGUAACCUGUUCGAGAAGUGUUCGCCGGCAUGUUACAACGCCAUUCAGACUGCAAAGCAGCACAAGUGUUUGCAGGGUGACAUAUGGAGGUAUCUGAUUAAAUCUGCUUACCGGUACAUGGAUAAGAGAAUGGUCACGUUUCUGAUGAAGUUGCGGUCGUGUGAGUGUGAAGACGUUGCACCCUCCUCAGCACCCCCUACAGCCCCCGACACGGUCGCCAAGCCUGACAACAGCACCUGUGACUGGGCCGGCUUAGACCCCACUGUAGGAAACCCACUCGGCACCCUCUUCUUCAACAUCACUGACAUCUGCGUUGUUACUGGCGACUGUCUCAAGGAGUGCGUGCAGGCGGUCAAGGCUGCGAGGGAGCACCCGUGCUUCCAGGGAGCGGAGUGGGAAUAUGGACGGCGCUAUCUCUAUGAAAGGUUCGACGUCGCUUUCUGGAAGUUUCUAUUAGGCUUUGAAUCCUGCAACUGCGAAAUACCUGCUCCACCUCUUACCACGGGUGCAUAUUCGUUUCAGUAUAGUGAUCGCCACCUCGUUCUGAUAACGGUCAUUUCCGUCUUCAGUGUUCUUGCUUCGUAAAAAGAUAAACCACUUGGAUAAAUUGGAUAACACGACCUCGUCAGAAUGCAAAUAUGUCAUCUAGCAACAACUCUUUUAUAAUGUGCACAUUAGUUUGAAAAGCUAUUUCCUUGAAGUAACGUCAAGUUAAUUUGAACAGACAUAGCUUCACACAAUUUGGAAUUGUAUGUAUAAAUGAUGCAGUUGAGGUGGUCAUGUCAUCCUUACACUUCCAGUGUGUUAAGAAUAACUCUACAUAUGCAUACCCACUUGAUAUCAUGUUUGUAAUGUUUGGUCAAUUCGACCAGUUCAAGGGGACGGUGGGGUAGCCUAGUGGUUAAAGCGUUUGCUCGUCACGCCGAAGACCCGGUUCGAUUCCCCACCUGAGAACAUUGUGUGAAGUCCAUUUCUGGUGUUCCCCGCCUAGAUAUUGCUGGCAUAUUGCUAACAGCGACGUAAAAAUAAACUCACUCACUUCUUCACUCACUCUCUUCUCCGGAGGUGGUUCAUCUGUGCCGACGGAUGCUGUUGACGAGCUCGUUUUUGCUGUCUUUUCCUUUGAACGAUGUCAUCUACUAUCGUUUCUUUGGACGUUCUCUGAAAGAAAAUGUAGUGAUGUUGUAAAAUAUUCUCAGAUUGU